AUGCGGUUUCUUCCAGAAGCCGCGAGAAAACUGUUGUGGAAGGACAGCAAAAUUAAACGUAAAUUCAAAGGCUUUGUGGAGAAGGCGUUAAAGAAGAAAGGACUCUAUGCAUUUGACAUGUCUCAUGAUCACAGCCCACAACUACGUAAUAAUGGUUCGCCCGUUCAGGACACGGAACAAGUAGCCCAAGUUGGUUACUCUCAUGUCGACUUUGUGGACGAUAAUAAUGAUAUGAUCGGCACCAUGUAUACCGUAGCCCAAGUCGGCUCUCAAGUUACUUCCGAACAGGCAAAUAGCGAAUGGGAUACGCCCGGAGACGCCACUGACGAGUACAAUAUCAUACCCGAAGAUUACUCGUCAGUGUCUGCCGAACAGGAUACGGCUCAAGCUCGCUACCAUCAAUUUACGGAUAUUAAUAUGGGCGUCGAAUGGGAUAUGUCCACGGACGCAAGCCAUUAUGACGGCGGUCCAACUAUGCCUACCGAACAGGAUACGGAACAAGCUUGCUACAAUCAACAGGAUAUUAAUCUGGGCAUCGAAUGGGUUAUGCCCAUGGAAGAUUAUAACUGUAACGAUAACGCAUAG